GUUUAAUUUACUUGCUUGAUGAUUUGCAUUUUUUUUCUUCUGUGUAAAGUCUAAAUUUAAACUGUUUUUGCAUCAAUUGCUUUAUUGGCUAGUAUAUGCUUUAAAAGUGGAUUGCUUGUAAGAAUAAAAGAACCAUCACAAACAUAUCUCAUAAUCUCUGUUCGCUUUCCUUCUUAACAAAGUAAAAAAGUUGUUGCUGUUGUUUUUCCAGAAUAUGUAUAUAAAAAAGGUGGAGCAACUUGCAAAAAUUAAACAAAAGUAGGAUGAAGACAAAGCAACAGCAGGGUUGCAUUCUUUGAAAUCAAUGAUUGUGCCAUACCAAUCUCCGAUAAAAAUGAAAGGAUGAAAUCCCUCUGGUCUCAGAAUUUGUCUAGAAAGGUAAAGUCAUGGGAUGUUAAGGAGCACAUACCAGUGUUAUACCCAGAAGUUGUUCUAUGUGUUGAGGUCUACCAUAACAUACAAAAAUGGUCAAAGAUCCAAGAGUUUUUGGUCCUGGACUGCCAAACCUUGUCUGAACUCAAGGACAAGAUAUAUUGCUUGACAGACCAGCUGAUGCAGAAGGCUGGCCUGCAUGAUCCUUCUGGUUAUUUCCUUAUCGAAGGUAUGUUUUUGAAUGUGAAAGAUCCCUCUGCUAUAGAUUAUAGUAAACCUAUAUUUGAUUGGCUUAAAAACUCGAGGGAUGAUGCUCUUAAAAAAUGGGAAAGGAUCAUUGCUGGUGAGCUGGAACAAAAGCACAAAGCAAUUUUCGGCAGUGUAACAUCUUCAAGAUUGCCCCACUUCAAAGCUGUUGACAUGUACAAGACACGGUUUUGUGACUUGAGGUUUCAACUCGGUGCUGGAUAUCUAUAUUGUCACCAGCUAUAGCUUUUUAUGCUCCCUCAUUUUACAAUAACUUCAAAAGUAGAGGGUGACUGCAAACAAACAACCGUGAUUAGGGACAUGGUUGAUUCAUCCAGAGGAUGUACAAAAUGGAGCAGCUUAUCCAAUAAUCAUCUUUCAACUAAAACCACGUGUUGAGAAAUGCAAAUGUAUGUAAGAUUAAUGAGGUACAAAAGUAAGUGCAGAUGAAAAGUGGGCGAGGGAGAAUCCUUGUUAUUUCUGUGAUUAUUGCUGUUCCCUUCUUCACUCCAACUAUGAUAAGUGUUAUCUAUAUGGCGAAUUUUCUGUAUAUGUUUAUGUACAUGAUUAGAAGAUAUCCAAUGUAAAUUCA